CUUUCUUUCUUUCUUUCUUUCUUUCUUUCUUUCUUUCUUUCUUUCUUUCUUGGUUACUUUCAUUUUUGUUUCUCUUCUUUUGCUUUUCUUUUUCUUUUUAUUCUCUUAUCAGAUGACUACAGCAAACGACGAUGAUGAAACACAUUUAACUGAACUUUUAAUACCUUUACAUGUGAAAUACAUUCAAUCUCUUGAUAAUAGAAAGGAAGAUUUGGAAUAUUGGCUUACUGAACAUUUGCGCGUAAGUGGACUUUAUUGGGGUUUGACAUCAUUGGAUAUGAUGAACCAUAUUGAUGCUUUACCAAGGGACCAAGUCAUUAAUUACAUUCAACGAGUGCAAAAUCAAGAUGGUGGUUUUGGUGGACAUGAAAACCAUGACUCUCAUAUAUUAUCAACUCUUUCGGCAAUACAGAUUUUGGUGACUUUGGAUGCUGUUGAAUCCAUUAAUGUUGAUCAAGUAGUGGAUUAUAUUGUUAGUUUGCAGAAUGAGGAUGGCUCUUUUUCUGGGGACAAAUGGGGUGAAUUGGAUUCACGAUUCUCAUAUAUUGCUAUUGCAACACUUUCUCUGUUGAAACGAUUGGAUGCUAUUGAUGUGGACAAGGCGGUAGAAUGGAUUCUUUUAUGUAAAAACUAUGAUGGUGGAUUCGGUAGUAGACCUGGUAGUGAAUCACAUUCAGGUCAGAUCUUUUGCUGUCUUGCUGCUUUGUCUAUUGUGAAAGGCUUACAUCAUGUGGAUGUUGAUUUACUAAGUUGGUGGUUAUGUGAACGACAAUUGAAAAAUGGUGGAUUAAAUGGACGACCUGAAAAAUUAGAAGACGUAUGUUAUUCUUGGUGGGUUCUCUCAUCACUUUCUAUUCUAGGUCGUACACAUUGGAUUGACAAGGAAAAAUUGAUUGCUUUUAUUCUUUCAGCACAGGACCCUGAACAAGGUGGUAUCUCUGAUCGACCUGGUGAUAUGGUGGAUGUAUUUCAUACGGUAUUUGGACUUGCUGGUCUCUCAUUAUUAGGAUAUCCUGGACUCAAACCAAUUAAUCCUGUUUAUUGUAUGACCAAAGAUAUUAUAUCUAAAUUAGAACUUGAAUAAAAAAUCUAUUCGUAUUAUGUAUUUUGAAUAUUAUUUUUUUUCGAUCAUGCUUUUUAUUUAUUAAAAAAAAGGGGGGAAUUUUGUAUAAAGAAGAAUGCAUAAAGAAAGAUAGAGGAUGUAGAAACUUGUCUAAUGUACAAAAAAAA